AUGACAACAGCAAAGAGUGCUUCCUAUGAUUAUUUGAUCAAACUUUUGUUGAUUGGGGAUUCCGGUGUUGGUAAAAGUUGCUUACUGCUACGUUUCUCGGAUGACUCUUUUACUCCAUCCUUUAUUACAACCAUUGGCAUUGAUUUCAAGAUUCGUACGAUUGAGCUUGAUGGAAAGAGAAUCAAGCUCCAGAUUUGGGAUACGGCUGGACAAGAGAGAUUCCGCACAAUUACUACAGGCAAGUAG